GUUGUACAUUGCCAUAUGACAACUAAAUACACCCCAUCAUUUCAUCAACUCUUCAUUCCAGUUUCGAGUCCUGAAAAAUCGAGUCCACCAGCUGGUAGCCAACCAAGUUUCAUCACCACCACCCACAACUCAUGUAUGCAGCAUAAUCUAUUUCUACAACAUACAACUAUGCCCUCAACCACAGGUUUAUCAGGGACCUCUGGAUUCCUCCCUGUCCUCUCAACAUCCAGUCCCAGCUCCGGAGGAGCCAACCUCACAAACCCAACAUCCGCAACAACCAACGCAUCGCAGAUCCAGCAACAAAUCCUGCGACGAAAAAUCCUGGUCGCCCAAAGCAAAUUAUCCAAACAACCCCGGGGACCCCAAGCAAAACCCAUUGACCCCCAAAANCCACAAAGCGGCUUGUUAAAAGGCCAUCCUCUUCCGCAGUUAAAAGGGCAGUCAGUUCUACACUCCACAAGUCAGAGCACCGUGACGCAAACACAACCCCCCCAAUGCCUACCUGUGCAGGAGACCCAAACCCCUGAAACAACACGACCCCCACGACCCGACACCCCUAGAUCGAACAGGCGUCUAGUCCCAGGGUCCCCCACCCCUACAACACCCCCUGCGCCCCCAAACACAAAGAAACAACCAUCAGCGGUGCCCCCGAACCACCAGCAACCAUCACCCACCCACAACAACCAGACAAACAACCCCACGUGCACGGACUCUGCUUGCCAACAUGCACAUGGAGCCAACAAUGGUUCAGCGACUUCCACACAGUCAGGCAAUGGUGUGAAUGGGAAUGGUACUAAUGGCAGCAACUGCAAAUACUGCAAUUGUUGCUAUUGUGAGUUGUUUGGUAAUGGUGGUCCACCUUUGGCACCAACAAGCAAAAAUUACCAGGAAAUGCGAGCACGCCUGCGUCGUAAACUAAAGAAAGGAAAACCAGAAGAUGGUAAAGAUGAUGGAAGAUCAGAUAAUGACAACGUUUCUCAAGAGACAACAUCACCCGUUCGGCAUUCUCCGGAGUCCUUGUCCUCCCAGAUCAAUCAGAAGAGUGUGGAGGAACUGCUCUCUUUCAUCGAAGGGCAGAAGACUUCUGAAGAGGAGAAGAGCAAGAAGGCAGCGAAGAGAGCUCGACAGAAGCAGAGGAAGGAGAAUGAUAAGAAGAAGACACAAGGAUCAGAAGCGGACUCAAAGGAUCACAAAACUGCUCCGGAUGUUAAGACUGUGGAGGUAGAGAAGAAAUUAGAAGAUGAUGCAAAAAUGAAACAUCAAACUCCUAAAGAUCAGGUUGAUGCAGAGGGAGACAAAAACGGGAAGAAGAAAAAGAAGAAAAAAGGAAAAGAUGCACAGGAAGAUGAUCUUAAGGUAUCAGUGAAGAUAGCUCCGAAGAAUUGCUCCGGGGAUGCGAAAGUGACGAGCAGCAAAGAUGUGGAAGAAAAGUCCUCUGCCGAUAAAAACAAAACAGUCAGAUCAAAAGCGCAACCACAAUCUGAAGUGAAAAAAGUUUCUAAAUCUAUAGAGGAAACUAGAUCUGUUGGUCAAAGCAAGGGUAAAACCAAUGUCGUUCAAGUCGAUCAGAAGCAAUCUCGGCAUAUUAGCAUACAGCAAAACCCGUCUAAACCAGUUAAAACUGGUCAGCAAAAACCAGCUACACUGCAGUCUCCUGAUGGAGUCCGCUUGGCUAUUCAGGCUGUGGAAAAAAGCAUAACCAGUAUUAAAAUCACCAAAACACCAGCAAAACCGACCCCCAUACCUCUGAAGGGAAAACUAGGCGACCAAACCAACAAAUUUGACAAAAAAUUAGUUCCUGAAAAAGCAGUUCAAAUUAAACCAGAACAAAAUGGCAGCAACAGCGAGAAAAAACACCAAAACCAUAAAAUGGACCAGAAACCACUGAAAGAAACAACCAAACCCAACCAGUCGUUAAAAACCAAGCAACCAUCAAACACAACAAAAGCACCAGAAAAAGCAAAACACCAUCACCUUGUAAAUGGUUUGACGCAAAAGUCUGACACCAGUAUAAACACCAGCAAAGCACCAAAAAAACAGCAGCUAAACAACCAUGAAAGUAGAACACCACACAAAGAACCAGUCGACUCAUCACGCACCAAUAGUGAAUCUUCGACCCCGGAAAAAUCGCAGGACCCAGAAAGUGCUGAAGCUCGUAAGAACCGCUCACGCAAACAACGCCGCAAGAACAGAGCUCUUGCACUCGACGGUAAGGGCGAAGGCUCAGGUGUCGUUGUGGACCAAGUAUUUCUACCCAAAGUUGAAGAAGACGUGAACGACAUGGAUGACACAGAGAAAGAAAUAGAGAGUUUUAAAAGGUUCUGCCUUGAUACCUCUACAUUAAUUAAGCCAAAGAAGAUGACUGUAAACUGGAAGGAUUUCUCCUUCAAGAAAAACCACUCCGCUCACUAGAUGACGUCAUAAAAUUCGAAUGACGUCAUACAAAUUCUUUAAAAUUUGACGAUCUUGGAUGUCGAUCCCUAUCGCGGUGUCAUCGUAGCUGUGACGUCAUAGCCUUUGGCGUCAUCGGACUAUGACGUCACACAUCUAACGCCUUGUAUUUAUUCAUUUCGCAGGACUGACUACGGAUGCUACUGAUAUGCAUGAUUAUUGUAUUUGUUGUCGCCGCCAACUCCAGCCCCCAAGCUUUAUUUGAGCGCCGGAGGACCCCGCUCAUAAUUUGCAUGCGUGACCUUCCUUGACCUUUGACCCUUAACCCCAGACGAUGUCGAGUAUUAGGCCGGUAGCCUGGUGUUGUAGGAGCCGCCGCCGUCGUUUUUAGUUUCCACUUUGCCAAGUGUCGGUUGCGAGCAGUCCUACCCCGAACAAGCAUCGCUAUUGUUUCGAACUUUUCCUUUUUCGCUUUUUUCCUUUUUAUCUGAGUUAGCUUUCGGAGUCCGCAAUGUCUCUCGAUACCUUCGCGUUUUAUGCUGUAGCCGGUAGCUUUUCUCGGCCUGUAGUGCCAACGCAUACGUCUCAGUGCAAAGACCGUACAGUUCCAGGCAACAGCCCAAUUGCCUCGGUACUGUACUAGUCAAUCACUUACUAACGUACACACGUUCAACCAACGACCGGCCCCGAGCCGGUGUCCGAUGUACAUUUUCCUGUAUUAAUAAUGGCAUGAGGUUAAUAUUAUUAUUAAUAAUAUAUCAGCUGUACGAAACAGGCAAUAAAUGUUCUUGCUGUUGAACUUA